AAGUCCAAUGGCAAACUCUGUUUUAUCCACUUCUCCAGUUGGGUCUGGAAGUCCUGUUAGGCACAAUGAACUAAAUAUGCGUUUUGCUUCGGGAAUGAGGAAUUUAGCUGGGGUCAUGGGACCUUGGCAUGUAGAUAAUGGGAACAUUGAUGAAAGUUUUGCUUCUUCUCUGUUGGAAGAGUUUAAAAGCAAUAAAACUAAGUGUUUUGAGCUCUCUGAAAUUGCUGGUCAUGUUGUUGAGUUCAGUGCGGAUCAAUAUGGGAGCCGAUUUAUUCAGCAAAAGCUUGAAACAGCUACUACAGAAGAAAAAAACAUGGUUUAUCAGGAAAUCAUGCCACAUGCGCUUGCUUUGAUGACUGAUGUCUUUGGUAAUUAUGUGGUUCAAAAGUUUUUUGAGCAUGGACUUGCAUCCCAAAGGAGAGAAUUAGCCAACAAACUUCUUGGCCAUGUUCUGACACUUAGCCUUCAAAUGUAUGGUUGCCGGGUCAUCCAGAAGGCCAUCGAAGUUGUUGAUUUGGAUCAGAAGAUAGAGAUGGUUCAAGAGCUUGAUGGUAAUGUAAUGCGCUGUGUACGUGAUCAGAAUGGUAAUCAUGUCAUUCAGAAGUGUAUUGAAUGUGUCACUGAAGAUGCAAUACACUUUAUUGUGUCAACAUUUUUCGAUCAAGUUGUGACACUCUCAACCCAUCCAUAUGGUUGUCGGGUGAUACAGAGGGUAUUGGAGCACUGCAAAGAUCCUAUAACUCAGCAGAAAGUUAUGGAUGAGAUUUUAGGAGCAGUUAGCAUGUUAGCUCAAGAUCAGUAUGGCAACUACGUUGUUCAGCAUGUACUGGAACAUGGGAAGCCUCAUGAACGCUCUUCUAUAAUAAAGGAACUAGCAGGCAAGAUAGUUCAAAUGAGUCAGCAGAAGUUUGCUUCAAAUGUUGUGGAGAAAUGUUUGACCUUUGGAGGUCCUUCUGAGCGCCAAUUGCUAGUGAACGAGAUGCUUGGCUCUACCGAUGAAAAUGAGCCUCUUCAGGCAAUGAUGAAAGAUCAAUUUGCAAAUUACGUUGUACAAAAAGUGCUGGAAACUUGUGAUGAUCAACAACGCGAGCUGAUUCUUUCACGGAUUAAGGUUCAUUUGAAUGCAUUGAAAAAGUACACCUAUGGAAAGCACAUUGUUGCACGUGUAGAAAAACUCGUUGCUGCUGGAGAAAGGAGAAUUGCUGCUCAGUCUCCUCAACCUGCUUAGGUAGGUGGCUUAGAAAAAUAGUCUUUGUACAGCUAACUGAGGCUAGUAUGAGCUGCUGCUUCUCUUUAUCUCUCAAAUCAAGAGGGUUAUGUUUGUGUAUCGGUGAAAAUGGGUAGUAGCCAAUUGGAAAUGAAGUUAUCAGUUGUAUUGCAGAACUGUACAUUUUGUAGCUUUAAGUUUAUACAAAGAAUUUAAGUGAGAUGUGGCUCAGAUGUUUUAAUGCAGCUGAUGUCCCUAUUGAGGAGAUAAAAUGCCUAUACAAGCCUUUUUAUGGUGUAAAGAUUAUAAAAUGGUGAGGUAGUUUGUAAGUUGACGUGACUGUACAAAAAUGAUGGCAUGUGGAGAGCUGUUCUUGUUUAGACAAGGGCAGUUUUUUCUUCUCUCUUAAUCAUGUGUAUGGUUAUUGACUAUGUUUUCCCUUUCAACAAAUAUAAUUUUUGUUGCAAGUUUACA